AUGUCAGCCUGGAGGACGCCAAACCCCAUUAAGCAAGAAGUUACCAGACGGCAGGAACCCGACAACCUACCCGGAUUAACUGGGGACUGUAACGUUGUAGACCUUUUUCUCGACAAACUGCCUGCGAAAGCCUUGCUAGACACCGGGGCUACAGUAUCCAGUGUUAGUCAGGGUUUUUAUGAGAAGAACCUGACACACAUACCUCUGCAGCCUAUUAGGGAGGGAUCCUUGGACAUUCAGGUAGCUGGUGGAGCCCGACUACCCUACUUAGGAUAUAUUGAGGUUACUCUGCAGAUAGACCGGGUACGCAGAGAGGAUGAGUCCAGAUGUCUCUUACUAGUUGUGCCUGACUAUGAUUUUAACCAGAUGGUACCAGUUCUACUCGGAACAAAUGUACUUACCCAUUUUAUGGAAAGAUGUAGGGAAUGGUAUGGUGAGAGAUACUUACAACAUGCUCCUUUGACGACGCCAUGGUACACUUCUUUUCGUUGCAUUUCUCUUCGGGAAAAGAAGUUGGAGAGGAACGGAUAUUGCCUUGCAGUAGCACGGAGUGCAGAGUCCAGCAACAUUGUUAUUCCGCCUAACGGAAGGAUAGACAUACAGUGUAAGUUGGACAGGGAGGUUUAUUACCCGGAUGUCUGCGCCUUGAUGCAGCCCACUUCAUCUUCUGUCAUCCCUGAUGAUAUGGAUAUAGCACCCACGAUACUUACCUACAAUCAUGGUAAGAAUGGACUUGUAUCCGUAAAUGUCUCCAACUUGACUACACGGACUGUUAUUGUACCAACUCGCGGGAUAGUUUGUGAACUACAGCCUGUACGAGUCCAGCACCCAUUACAUGGAGUGAUACCUGAGGAUAGGAAUGAGGAGUCCCCAGACAACUACCUCGACAAGGUGACCUUUAAUGUUGAGCUGGAUGAUGGAUUACUGAGGAGAGGAAAGGAGGUGUUAUCCUAUUUUCCAGAUGUUUUCUCUGCGGGAGACCUUGACCUUGGCCAUACUAUUGAAUUCCCUCAUCGGAUUGAACUUAGCGACCCUACACCAUUCAAACAGAGGCAUCGGAGAAUACCACCUGCCAUGGUCCAGGAAGUGAGAGAACACUUACAGCAGUUGCUGGCAUGCGGAGUUAUCAGAAGAUCAUGCUCACCCUGGGCGUCCGGUGUAGUCCUAGCCAGGAAGAAGGAUGGGUCUUUACGGAUGUGUAUCGACUAUCGCCAACUUAAUCAGAGGACUAUUAAAGAUGCCUACGCUCUCCCACGGAUUGAGGAAAUACUGGACUCCCUUUCGGGAUCAUCAUUCUUCUCCGUGUUGGACAUGAAGAGUGGCUACCAUCAAGUUGAGGUUGCGGAGCACCAUAAGGAGCGUACAGCUUUUACUUUAGGCCCACUUGGGUUUUAUGAGUAUAACCGGAUGCCGUUUGGUCUCGCUAACGCCCCGGCCACCUAUCAGCGAUUAUGGAGCAAUGCCUCGGGGAAUUACAUAUGGUGGACUGUUUCAUCUAUCUUGAUGAUGUCAUUAUCUUUUCAUCAACCUUUGAGGAGCACUUGGAGAAACUUCAGCGUGUACUCCAGCGCUUGA